CUGUCGAUUUUUACUGCGUGCUGAUUGGCCGCUGGUGUUCUGUGGAGUUGGCGCCAUUGCGGAUCUCCGUGCUGUCUUCUUUGCGCUCUCCCCAAAAAUACUUCUUUUUGCCCGAAUAGUUUACCCACCAACAAAGAAAUGGCUGACAAAGACGCUGCAUUUGAUGAUGCCGUGGAAGAAAGGGUGAUUAAUGAGGAGUACAAGAUCUGGAAGAAGAACACCCCUUUUCUCUAUGAUCUGGUCAUGACGCAUGCCCUGGAGUGGCCCAGCCUGACCGCCCAGUGGCUGCCAGAUGUCACCAGACCAGAGGGAAAGGACUACAGUGUGCAUAGACUGGUUUUGGGGACACACACUUCUGAUGAGCAGAAUCACCUUGUAAUCGCCAGUGUUCAGCUUCCAAAUGACGAUGCCCAGUUUGAUGCCUCACACUAUGACAGCGAGAAAGGAGAGUUUGGAGGCUUUGGCUCUGUUAGUGGAAAAAUAGAGAUUGAAAUAAAGAUCAAUCAUGAAGGAGAAGUGAAUAGAGCUCGUUAUAUGCCCCAGAACCCCUGUAUUAUUGCCACAAAAACCCCAACCAGCGAUGUGCUGGUCUUUGAUUACACAAAACACCCCUCCAAACCUGAUCCCUCUGGAGAAUGCACCCCAGAUCUGCGUCUCAGGGGCCACCAGAAGGAGGGCUAUGGCCUCUCCUGGAACCCAAACCUCAGCGGAUGCCUCCUUAGUGCUUCUGAUGAUCACACUAUAUGCCUCUGGGAUAUCAGCACAGUGCCAAAGGAGGGGAAGAUCGUGGAUGCCAAAACAAUCUUCACAGGCCACACUGCUGUUGUGGAGGACGUCUCCUGGCACCUGCUCCAUGAAUCUCUCUUUGGAUCAGUGGCAGAUGACCAGAAACUCAUGAUCUGGGACACACGGUCGAACAACACCUCCAAACCGAGCCAUGCGGUGGACGCCCACACUGCUGAAGUCAACUGCUUGUCUUUCAACCCUUACAGCGAGUUCAUUCUGGCCACCGGCUCUGCUGACAAGACUGUGGCUCUUUGGGACCUGAGGAACCUGAAGCUGAAACUCCACUCUUUUGAAUCUCAUAAGGACGAGAUCUUCCAGGUUCAGUGGUCUCCCCAUAACGAAACGAUCCUUGCCUCCAGCGGCACCGACAGGCGACUCAACGUCUGGGACCUGAGUAAGAUCGGAGAGGAGCAGUCGCCAGAGGAUGCUGAGGAUGGUCCUCCCGAGCUGCUGUUCAUCCAUGGCGGACACACGGCUAAGAUCUCUGACUUUUCCUGGAACCCCAACGAGCCGUGGGUCAUAUGUUCAGUGUCGGAGGACAACAUCAUGCAAGUGUGGCAGAUGGCUGAGAACAUCUACAAUGAUGAGGACCCAGAGGGAGCUGCAGACUCGGAGGUCCAGGCAUGAGUCCAGCUGAGACCGGGCUUCUUUUGACCUGCUUGUUAGAAACGGAUCACUUUCUCACAUCUGCUUUCAUUAGCAGUGAGACCUUGUGAAAUGCAUCUAGGAGAAAAGUGUUUAAAAAAAGUUUUGCACCAUCAGGUGUUUUGACAUAUUUCAAGUGACACCCACUUCGUUCUGAUUUUAAAAUACCAUUUAGGUUUGUUUUGUUUUCUCAAAAUCAUCCGUGGUUUGUGAUGAAACCAUCGUAUGUCUGCUGUUAUCAGUUUCCUUUCUUCUUGUUAGCUGAGCAGAAAAAUGAUCACAAUGAUCCACUUUUAAUACAAUUGUACAUACUGUUGGUUUUCCAUUUUUGUUUGCUUGAUAUUUGUAGGUGAAUUUUCCAGCUUGUGUGUUGUCACUUGUUCGUGUUUUUGUUUCUUCCGCAUUUUGUUCCCCUGUGCUGCAUCUGAACUUUUGUGUAUCUAAGUAUAUUCAUAAU